UUUUUUCCUUUUCUCUCUUCCACCCCGCUAUAAGUGUACAGCUUCCGCCUCCUCCCCAAUGCGUCAAACACUUGACCUGCACUUGCUCGGAGCGGUGGCGUCCCAAUCCAAUCCAUUCCCAAUGCGACUUCUCAGGAGGAUCCCGCUGCUCUUGGACGAGUCCGAAUGGGAUUAAGGCCAUCGGGGUGUUUCGUCUAGUGCAUUGGUGGCUGGAUGUUUUGCUUGCUGAGGAAGCGAGGUUGAGCUGGGAGGGAGGGCUCUGGUGUGGUGUUGACGAAGAGUGUUUUAUUGUAGGUUGACAGGAUCAUGACAUGCAACUGGAAAAUGCUUGAUUAUGUUUGAUAGUACGAGGAUUGUCCGAGUUUCUGAGAUUAUUGCCUUCAAUGGAGGUUGAAGCUGCUUGUGGUGAUGGAGUAGUCAGUUCAAGCAAUGAGAUGCAGGAAUUGUGGCCACUAGGUGAAGUAGACCAAAAGGGAACCAGGUUCCCUUGUUGCAUUGUUUGGACACCUCUGCCAGUGGUUUCUUGGCUGGCUCCCUACAUAGGUCAUGUCGGGAUUGCCCGGGAGGAUGGAACUGUCAUGGACUUUGCAGGUUCAAAUUUUGUGAGUGUAGAUGACCUUGCAUAUGGUUCUGCUGCGAGGUACCUCCAGCUCGACAGGAGAAAGUGCUGCUUCCCUGCCAACCUCGCGGCGCAUGUGUGCGCGAGGUCCUACGAGCACUCGGAGGCCGGGACGGCGAUCUCGUGGGACGACGCGCUGCAGUCCGGCGCGAGGCGGUUCGAGCACAAGUGCUACAACCUCUUCACCUGCAACAGCCACUCCUUCGUGGCGAGCUGCCUGAACCGCCUCGCCUACGGCGGCUCCGUCGGCUGGAACGUCCUCAACCUGGCCGCCCUCGUGUGGCUGCGCGGCCGGUGGCUGGGCAAGAUGGCCGUCGUCCGGUCGCUCCUCCCCUUCGCCGCCGUGGCCUGCGUCGGCGUCCUCAUGGCCGGCUGGUCCUUCCUCAUCAGCAUGGCGGCAUUCUCCUCCCUCCUCCUCGGCUGGUUCGUCCUCGGCGUCUACUGCUUCAAGGGCUUGGUCUGCUGAUCGAUCUGAAGGCCAUUUUGUUGAAAUUCGACCAGAAUAUGCAUCUUUUUUCAGUUACGCAACGCGCACUUUCAGUAAAUUAUAGACAGUUUUUACAGUGAAAUCAGAGAGUUGUACACUUGUAGUCAUCUUUGAAGUUUCAUGGAACUAUAAUCUCAUGGAUGAUGAUGAAGGAGAACCGAUGAAAAGACCAUUUCUACUGUACUGUUCACGAGUGAUCGCAUCACGUUUUCCGUCGGUGACUUGAGCCGUGGUAUCAAAGAAAAGCAUUCAAGCUUGCUCA